GCUCAUGUUUUGCACUACACAAAUCGUCACAUAAAUACACAUAACGUUGGCCCACACGCGGAAGCGAGACAAAUUUUCAUUCAUUUCCAGGCAACGCAGCAGAGAUCUAUCAAUUACAUACUAUAUUCGUUCUGGGAAGGACGUAUACCCGUGAGAAUCUGUGAAACAUUCCAUGGUACCAGUCGUCCCUGUGCAGUUGCAUUUUUUUGGUCCCUUGUAGUCAGUUCCAACUCAGUGUUAAGUGGAGAUAGUAUUCUUUUUCAUAUUGAUCCAGCGAAAAUUGUAAUUUUUAGUUUGAUUCAAUCGAUUAAAAAUAUUGUAUGGUUUAGGUGAUCUCAUAAAAAGAACUUUUUUACAGUAUUCCCUUAGCAUAUAUCGCAUUAGUCGCAAUAUUCUAAACCCUAAUAAGUUAAGAGAGUGAGUUAGUGAACUACCGAAAAUGUUGAAUUUCCUGUCAUCUAAGAAAUCGUCUGGAGCAGGUCCGCUGCAAGGUUACAAGAUAACCAACAUCGAACGGAGCAAAAAGUAUGGCGUGGCUGCAGAUUCCCUUCGUAUGUUGAAAACGAAAGCCUCGGAAAAGUUCAAGCUAAACAGUUGUCGAGUCUAUCUCGCCCAGGAUGGUGUAGAAGUACUCGAUGAGGAUUAUUUUAGAACGCUUCCUGCUCAGGUUCUUUUUGUUGUAGCCGAACAGGAUGCGAUUGUCAAGACAGAUUUCGAGCUUAUGUAUGACGCAAUCAAGUCCACCCAUAGCGAGCUGCUACAGGCCGGCACCCUGGCUAAGGAGUUUGUCUGCAAUAACCAGAGCGACAUUGCCCGGCUGCUGCAAGACGCCCAGCACACCCAGAACCAGCAGACGGCCAAAAGUCGGCGCAGCGAGCACGAGGAAUGGUUUGAAGGUUUGCACAAAAGAACUGAUGAGAAAGGUCCCCAAACGAAGGAGGAAAUUAUGCAGCGCCGUGGACAAGAUCGAAUCAGAGGCUAUUUUUACAAAACCAAGGAUGAACUGACAAAAUGUGCCGUCUACAGGAGGAAUCUGAUGGCGAAGGAAUUGAUCGACGAGAUGUUGGAGCUGUUUCGUCAACUGCUUAUCGGUUUCGAUUAUUUUAGUUGCAUUUUCGACCGUAGUCAUCCGGAACGGCUUCCGGAUGCUCAGGUUUCCAAUCUGGUUCUUGCAAAUGAGAAAUCCGAUGAUGGAGGACAGGCCGAUGAGGUAGAUGCUCAACGUAUACCUUCCAAACGGAUGAAGUUAAUCGUCAAAAAGUCACUUGAAAAUAACCCUAAUCCUAUUGACAAAUAUCGAAUGGCGCUGUGCAAUUCAAGCGGUGAGUUCAGAUGCAUGGGUUUGUGGAACCAUCAGCAAUGCAAUUAUGGAGCCCAUGUCAUCAAUCCGUACGCCAGCCGCGAAAACAUGAUACUGUUCCAGGUGUGGAAUUUGGACCACCAGGUCGAAAUCAGCCGGACAGUGCUUCCUUCGAUCGUGGAGAACGUGUCGAGGAUGAUAUCCGAUGAAGCCGAAGCCAUUUGUAAGAUUCACAAUCGCCGGGGUAAGAAUCUCUCUGUGAUAACGUACUUUAUUGAAUUGUUUACCCUCGGGAACUUGAAGCUGGUUCACAUAGUUUGUCAUGACAAAAGUAUUCACGAUAUGAUCUCUCGAGGGGCCAUCAUCUGCGACAAGUGCUCCGAGUACAAGUACAUAAAGGCGCUUCAAAACAAAAUACGCUACAACAAAAACGCUUUACUGUAAACGGAACCUCCUUUUUCGU